UCCCACUUUGGCAAUUCUUGAAAAAGAGAACAACUAAGUGAGUAAUCAUAAAUCAUGAUAGGCAAAAGACCAACGCCGGUGAUCGGAAACCUCACCGGCUCAUCGGUUUCCGGCAGCCGGACGGGGACUAUGGAUGGUACCAGCAGCCCAAGAAGUCCUCUAGAUUUCAAGAUUCAAUCACCAAGAGGCCUAAAAGGCUAUGAUUUUGGUGGUGUGGGAUUAGCUAUUGUAGCUGCUCUUGAUGGUAAAAUUAAGUCCAACAGAGCUGUUUACAACAGAAAAUCAAAUAGGUCCAUAUCAAUUCCAGUUAAUUCAGCCAAAAAUUCUGCUAGAUUUAGAGCAGAAUAUGAUGAAACAGAGUUGGACAAUUUUGAAGAAGAUUACACAGUAGUUACUUGCCGUUAACCAGAUAACAAGUCAUGUACUAAAGUAUAUUGCAAUGGAACUGAACAAGAAAAC